ACCAGCCCACCCGCACCACCGCCGCAUAAACGUAAAAAUUUUCUAGGGUUCAAACCCCACCGCCCGGCUCCCGAAUCACCCCUCAAUCCGGCCCCGCCGGGGUCCCGGAUUUGGGGUUUAUGCAUGGAUUCGGCCCCUCCCGGCGACGACGGCGCUGGCGGGGAGGAGCCGGCGGCGGGCCCCGUGCCGGCCCCCUCCCGCGCUCCCACCCCCUCCGGUCCAGCCAGGUCGAGGUGGGCGUCGGAGAUCAAGGUCUACUCCCGCAAAUACCCGCGCAAAAACCCUAAACCUCCUCCGGAACCUAGCCCCAACCCGAAUCCCCUCUCGGAAACCCUAUCCUCGAUUCACCGCUCCGUUCGCCGCCCGGAGGCUGAGGUUGCUGCGGCGGUGCGGCCCGAUUCGGCGGCGCCGAGUUCCACUCUGCUUCCACUUCUCGUCCUGCCGGCGCGUGCUUUCCCUGCCCCUGCCCUUCCGCCUCCCGCCCCGGCGCCACCUGGGGAACCCACUCCCGCCUCCGACGACAUCUCCUCGGGGUUUAACCGGGACGGGGGUGCUGUACCCAACGGCCAUGGCAAUGACCGGGCGGUGGUCGCACCUGAGAAGGCUGAGAAGGCGCGGAAGCGCAGGGCGAGGAGUGAGCUGCGACGGCAGCUUGCGUCGGAGCUUGACCAGGUGCGUGUGCUCUCCAAGCGGCUGAAGGUGGCUGCUGAGGCCUUGGCGCAGGAGGGUUCAGUGACCAUGCCUUUGGCCAUGGUGGUGCCACCGUCGCAGGUGGUGGACGCUGGGUACAUGCGCUCACAGUUCUCACCUAUUGGUCCAGUAAGGCCCGUACCUGUCCAAACCACCACGGUUGCUCCUGUCCGCUCGCUGCAGCAGCGUGGGCCACUAACUGUGUCGGUGGUUCAUAUAGAACCCUUCGACAAGGAGAAACGGACACCAAAGGCGAAUCAGUUAUACCAAAACUCGGAGUUCUUGCUUGCCAAAGAUAAGUUCCCACCCGUAGACUCACAUGGACGCAAGAAACCCAAGCACCACAAGAAGUACAGGUCCGUAGAAGGUCAUGGCACAGGCUACGAUGCUGAGCGGAGGUUAUACUCUCAUGCGUUCAAAAAGUCUUCGUCAUUGCUGAGCCGACUAUUGAAGCACAAAUUUGCGUGGGUGUUCAACAAGCCUGUCGAUCCAGUUGCACUUGGCUUGCAUGACUAUUUUGCAAUUAUCAAGCAUCCGAUGGAUCUUGGAACGAUAAGGGGAUGGCUCAGCCAUGGGCAUUACACGAACCCGAAGGAGUUUGCUGAGGAUGUGCGGCUCACUUUCCAGAAUGCCAUGACAUAUAACCCCAAGGGGCAGGAUGUGCAUUUCAUGGCCGAGCAGUUGUUAGGAAUCUUUGAGUCCCAGUGGCCAGAGAUUGAAGCUGAGGUUGAUUAUCUUGCAUCGUGUCCUCCAUUGCCAAAGAAGUUUCCACCUCCCCCGAUUGACUUGCGCUUCCUAGAGAGGUCAGAUUCCGUGAGACACCAUAUUGCGUUAGACUCCAAUUCAAGGCCGAUAAGUCAUACUCCCACCUAUGCCCGGACUCCAUCAAUGAAGAAGCCCAGAGCAAAGGAUCCAAAUAAGAGAGACAUGACAAUAGAAGAGAAGCGUAAACUUAGCGAUAAUCUCCAGAACUUGCCCCAAGAGAGGCUUGAUGCUGUUGUGCAAAUCAUUAAGAACAAGAAUUUAUCAGUUAGGCAGCAUGAUGAUGAGAUUGAGGUUGAAAUUGAUAGCAUGGAUGCUGAGACACUUUGGGACCUUGAUAGGUUUGUAGCUAACUACAAGAAGAACCUGAGCAAGCAAAAGAGAAAGGCUGAGCGUGAAAUGCUUGCAAGACAAGAGGCAGAAUUGUGUGCACAACAUUCUGCACAACAACCACAAACAACUCAAGAACCUAGUAUUGGUGAAAAGUCUCCAAAGCAAAAUUUGAUGGUGGGCGAGCAAUUGGUAUCUUCGGUGCCGAACCCUAAUGGACAGAAUGCAAGUAGUUCUAGUAGCUCCAGCAGUGAUUCAGGGUCGUCUUCUAGUGACUCAGACAGUGGUAGCUCCUCGACAGAUGGACUGGGUGCUGCCAAGUCAUCUUGAAAUAUAGGUUCAGGAGUUUGUCGAGUAGACCAUAACCCAUGAAUUGUAUUUGGCAUGGCAAUGCCUAGUUAGAUUGUACAUGUUUAUCUUCUCUCGCUUAGGAAAACUCCUAGGUAGCUGGUAGUGCUAGGUUGUCACUGGAAGCCAGAAAAAUGUUCAUGCUUUUGAUUUCGGUGCUUCCUUACUGACUUUGUGCUAGUGUAUGGUUGCUGUUCCUCCCUCCAAGCAUAUUUGACUGGAUAAGGGGUGUUUGGUUCGUUGACAAAAUGUGCAACAGUCAUAGUAGGUGAUUUUAUACUUAAGUGGCAAGAUUUUGGUAGCCGACACAAGUUUGGUUUGACACACUUUCUUACCUCAACCUGAUUGUCGAUGGCUCGUCUCUUUCAAUUUUGUAUCUGGUCACCAAAAAAUUGCUGCUGGCACAAAGCGGGGAAGAUUGAGGUAAGCAACCAAAUAUGCCCAGGGUCUUUAUUAUUUUUGCUUCAAAACCGGUUGGUUAAAACAGUGUAUCCUAGGUGCUCCAAAAAUCUGUGCUCCAGUUUAUUAAGGGUGUUGGCUUUUGA